AUGACGACGCAAAGCAGCGUUGAGAUUCCCCUCAAGAUCAAGAUGGCCGCUGCCGAACCAACGUCUGCCAACAAGCAGACAUAUCCCUGGGUCAAACUUCCUCACCCGUAUCUCACCACCUACAAGAUCGAUGUCGUUUCUGAAUCCACGCCCCGGGUGCUUCGACUGCGACUACAUGAUGAUCAGGCCGGACAGCCGCUCCCGGAGCCUCUGCACUCAGCCUCAUUGACCUACACAGACAUUGCGUUUGACGAGACCGCCCAGGAAAUCCCAGAUAACGACAACAGUCCCUGGGCGCGCAGUCGAAGAGCACCCGGCACCUCGUUUCACUGGACCGGUCCGGAGCCACCUACCCUGGGACAGAUCUGGAAUGUCAUACAUGCCCUCUUCCUGACAUAUCCGCACCACGAGAUUGUCCGCCUAGAUCUGAAUGGAUCGCAUAAGGAUAUCAUCCGCGAGGAAUGCCUGCGCACGGGGCUGACAAUUCCCUUCCCUGCCCCGCGAGUCCCCUUUGGUACCGAAAACAAACCCUCCGAAAUCGACACCCUCAUCUUACUACGCUCCGCAUUCUGGCAGGGAGCCGGCUCACCGGUUGGACCACGUCCCAUCUGGGCCGUCGAUCAAGGGACUCACGGCCUGCUCCGGCGAUCAGGAAGCGCGUACCCCCCUCUCGCUCAAAACUACGAGUUCUCCAUGAAGUUCCCCAGCGAGAGAAUCUACACACGGCACCCGAUCCGCCCCCAGAAACCUACCCCGGGCUCGCUAGUCUACAGUCGCUACAUCCCGCACCUGGACCAGCAUUUCUCGCUCAUGGUGGUGGACUGGCAGAACGAAGAGCACUUGCAGCUCUUUCACAAAUGGCAGAACGACCCCCGCGUCGCCAAGGGGUGGAACGAGACCGGCGACCUGGAGCACCACCGCAAGUACCUGCGGCAGCUGCACGAAGACAAGCACGUCCUCUGCCUGUUUGGACGAUUCGACGAGUUCAAAUUCGCGUAUUUUGAAGUAUAUUGGGCCAAGGAGGACCACUACGGAGCACACUACGACGCCGGCGACUACGAUCGGGGCCGCCAUUCGCUCGUCGGGGAGGCCACCGUCCGCGGCGCAUACAGAGUCAACACGUGGUGGUCGAGUGUAAUCCACUAUAUUUUCCUGGACGAGCCGCGGACCAUGUGUGUUGUCGGUGAGCCCAAGGCGACAAAUACAACGGUGCUCUCGUACGAGAAUGCGCACGGCCUGACGGUCCAGAAAUACGUGGAUCUGGGCCAUAAGCGAUCCGUCCAUGUCUAUUGCAGCCGGGAGAAAUGGUUCCAGCUGUGUCCACUCUUCUGGGAUGGGAGGGAAAGACCGCUGGAGAGUUCGGAUCGGAUGGCGUGGGAUGCAAAGCUGUAA